AUUUUUUCCUUGUCCCAAAUAACACCUUUUAAUUACUUUUUCCUAUUUUAUAGAAACAAUUAUUACUCAACAAGCUACUAUUUCCCAUCUUCUUCAUUAUCAUAAUCAGCUUUGAAUGCAUGAUACAAAAUUUUGUCUCUUUCACAUCGACAAAAACCUUCAUUACAUCAAUCAAGAGGUGACAUGAUUCUGAUCUCGACCAAGGCCAGAGCAUAAUCACAAUAGAAUGCAAGGAACAUCUGUGAAUAUAAUAGUAGGUUCUCAAAUUUGGAUUGAGGAUUCAUCACUUGCUUGGAUCGAUGGGCGUGUUUCAAAGAUCAAUGGUGAAGAAGUUCAUGUCGACACAAGUGAUGGGAGACAGGUGGUUGCAAAUUUAUCAAAAAUAUAUCCCAAAGACGAGGAUGCACCUGCGGGAGGAGUAGACGACAUGACCAAGCUAUCCUAUCUUCAUGAACCUGGAGUGUUGCAAAAUUUGAAAACCAGAUACCAACUAAAUGAAAUUUAUACAUAUACUGGGAGCAUACUAAUAGCAAUAAACCCAUUCCAAAAACUGCCACAUAUAUACGAUGUCCACAUGAUGGAACAAUACAAAGGAGCCCCUCUUGGAGAACUUAGUCCCCAUGUUUUUGCUAUUGCUGAUGUUGCUUUCAGGGCAAUGCUUAACGAGGGGAAAAGCAACUCAAUUUUGGUUAGCGGGGAGAGUGGGGCUGGUAAGACCGAAACAACCAAAAUGCUUAUGCGCUACCUUGCAUAUUUGGGGGGCCGCAAAGGUACUGAAGGUCGCACCGUCGAACAACAAGUCUUGGAGUCAAAUCCAGUCCUUGAAGCAUUUGGUAAUGCAAAGACUGUUCGAAACAACAAUUCCAGUCGUUUCGGAAAAUUUGUUGAGAUUCAAUUCGACAAGAAUGCAAAAAUAUCGGGAGCAGCUAUUAGAACUUAUCUCCUCGAGAGAUCUCGUGUUUGCCAGGUUUCAGACCCUGAGAGGAACUACCAUUGUUUCUACCUUCUCUGUGCAGCUCCGCCGGAGGAAAUUGAAAAAUACAAGCUAGGGGAGCCUAAGUCCUUUCAUUACUUGAAUCAGUCAAGUUGCUAUGAGCUGGUCGGGGUCAGUGAUGCUCAUGAUUAUCUUGCAACACGAAGAGCUAUGGAUGUUGUUGGAAUCAGUGAUACCCAUCAAGAAGCAAUAUUUAGAGUUGUGGCUGCCAUUCUUCAUCUCGGAAAUAUUGCAUUCUCAAAGGGAAAAGAAAUUGAUUCAUCUGUUCUUAAAGAUGACAAAUCAAAGUUUCAUCUCAAAACAACAGCAGAGCUUCUAAUGUGUGACUCUGAUGCAUUAGAAGAUGCAUUAUUAAAGCGUGUGAUGGUCACCCCUGAAGAGGUUAUUAAAAGAAGUCUUGAUCCUGAGAAUGCAGCAGUCAGUAGAGAUGGUUUAGCUAAGACUAUAUAUUGUCGCUUAUUUGACUGGUUGGUAGACAAAAUAAACAGUUCGAUUGGUCAAGAUCCAAACUCAAAGUCACUUAUUGGAGUUCUUGACAUUUAUGGUUUUGAAAGUUUUAAAAGCAAUAGUUUUGAACAGUUUUGCAUUAAUUUUACAAAUGAGAAGCUGCAACAGCAUUUUAACCAGCACGUGUUCAAGAUGGAACAAGAGGAAUAUACAAAAGAAGAAAUUGAUUGGAGCUAUAUUGAGUUUGUUGAUAACCAAGAUGUCCUAGAUCUGAUUGAAAAGAAACCUGGGGGUGUCAUUGCUCUUCUUGAUGAAGCCUGUAUGUUUCCCAAGUCAACUCAUGAAACUUUCGCUCAAAAGCUUUAUCAGACAUUCAAGAACCACAAGCGCUUUGUCAAACCAAAACUGUCUCGUACUGACUUCGCAAUUGCUCAUUAUGCUGGAGAGGUUCUAUACCAAUCUGAUCAGUUUUUGGACAAGAACAAAGACUAUGUUGUUCCUGAGCAUCAAGAUUUGUUAAGUGGCUCUAGAUGCUCAUUUGUAGCUGGACUUUUCCCUCCUAUUCCCGAUGAGACAAACAAAUCAUCCAAAUCUUCAAAGUUUUCAUCAAUUGGCUCUCGUUUUAAGCUACAACUCCAACAAUUGUUGGAGACUCUGAGCUCCACCGAACCUCAUUACAUCAGAUGUGUGAAGCCAAACAAUCUUCUAAAACCCUCCAUCUUUGAGAAUGUCAACAUCUUGCAGCAACUGCGUUGUGGCGGAGUCCUCGAGGCGAUUAGAAUUAGUUGCGCUGGCUACCCUACUCGUAAGACCUUUUUUGAAUUUCUUAACCGUUUCGGUCUUCUUGCUCCCGAGGUAUUGGAAGGAAGUUAUGAUGAAAAAGUUGCAUGCAAAGCUAUUUUGGAUAAGAUGGGGCUUGCAGGUUCUCAGAUUGGUAAGACAAAAGUUUUCCUGCGAGCUGGUCAGAUGGCUGAGCUUGAUUCUAGGAGGGCACAAAAGCUAAACAAUGCAGCCAAGACAAUUCAAAGGAAAACUAGAACUCAUAUUGCCCGGAAAUACUUUCUUGCCUUACAAGAGGCUGCAGUAUCUAUGCAAUCUGCAUGUCGAGCCUGGAUCGCUUGCAAAUUGUUUGAACAUAUGCAAAGGGUUUCUGCUUCUCUUAAGAUACAGAAAAAAUUGCGUGGACGCAUGGCCUGGAAGUCAUACAAGAAUCUUCAGUAUGCAGUAAUUACUGUUCAGACAGGGAUGCGGGCAAUGGCGGCCCGCAAUAGUUUCAGAUACAAAAACCAAAACAAGGCGGCAACUAUGAUACAAGCACAUUGGCAUGGUCAUAGAGCUUUCUCAUACUACAAGAAACUCAUAAGGGCAUCAAUUGUAACACAGUGCAGAUGGAGGGGAAGGGUUGCAAGGAGAGAGCUUCGAAAACUAAAGAUGGCUUCAAGAGAAACGGGGGCACUUAAAGAAGCAAAGGAUAAGCUUGAAAAAAUGGUUGAAGAACUUACCUGGCGUGUCCAGCUGGAGAAAAGGCUAAGGACAGAUUUGGAAGAGGCAAAAGGCCAAGAAAUUGCAAAGUUGCAGAGUUCCUUACAAGCGUCGCAAAGCAAAGUGGAAGAAACAAAUGCACUGUUAAUCAGUGAACGGGAAGCGGCUAAGAAAGCUAUUGAAGAAGCGUCUUCAAUUGUCAAAGAGACACCUGUACCCGUUGAAGAUACAGAAAAAAUUGAUUCCUUAACUGCAGAAGUUGAAAAUUUGAAGGUUCAAUUGCAAUCCGCAAAACAAAGGGGAGAUGAUUCUGAAAGUAAAUGCGUAGAAUUGUUGAAAUCAAGUGAAGAAAAGGAUCUAAAGUUGGAAGAAACUGAAAAAAGAGUUCAACAACUUCAGGAGUCAGUCACAAGGCUUGAAGAGAAGAUGGCCAACCUUGAGUCGGAAAAUAAAGUCCUUCGUCAACAAGCUUUAGCAAUGGCACAAAGUACGAAAUUGCAAUCAGUGCGGUCAAGGUCAAUCAUUCAGAGAACUGAAAGCACAAAAAGUACCAUUAGCACAUCAGAUCUUCACAGUCAUUCACUAAAUGCAAGAGAUGGUCAUGAGGUUGAGGGAAGACCUCAAAAAUCCCUCAACGAGAAACAACAAGAGUAUCAAGACUUGCUCAUCCGCUGUGUUGCUCAGCAUUUGGGCUUUUCUAAGGGAAGGCCUGUUGCUGCAUGCAUAAUCUACAAAUGUCUUAGGCAAUGGCGGUCUUUUGAAGUUGAGAGGACCAGCAUCUUUGACCGGAUAAUACAGACCAUCGGCCAAGCUAUUGAGAAAACCCAGGAUAACAAUGAUAUAUUAGCUUAUUGGUUGUCAAAUGCAUCAACUUUGCUGCUUCUGCUUCAACGUACAUUGAAAGCUAGUGGGGCUGCUGGGAUGGCUCCACAGCAUCGACGAUCAUCAUCCGCAACUCUUUUUGGGAGAAUGACACAGGUGGGAUGGAUACCUUACGCCAAGUUGAAGCCAAAUAUCCCGCUCUUCUAUUCAAGCAGCAGCUAACAGCUUAUGUGGAAAAGAUUUAUGGAAUGAUCCGUGAUAAUCUGAAGAAAGAGAUCUCUCCCAUGCUUGGGUUAUGCAUCCAGGCACCAAGGAUAUCAAGGGCAAGCUUGAUUAAAGGGACAGCACGUACCCUUGCAAAUGCUGCUGCUCAAGAGAUUCUGAUUGCUCACUGGCAAGGAAUUGUCAAAAGCCUUUCCAAUUUUCUGGACAUGUUGAAAGCCAAUCAUGUACCUCCAUUUUUAGUUCGCAAAGUAUUUACACAAGUGUUCUCGUUCGUCAAUGUCCAACUGUUCAACAGCCUCUUACUAAGACGAGAAUGCUGCUCAUUUAGCAACGGUGAGUAUGUUAAGGCCGGGCUUGCUGAGCUUGAACAUUGGUGCUAUAAAGCAACUGAUGAGUAUGCAGGUUCAGCAUGGGAAGAGCUCAAACACAUAAGGCAAGCAAUAGGAUUUCUGGUCAUUCACCAGAAACCGAAGAAAACACUUGAUGAGAUAAGCCAUGAUUUAUGCCCUAUGCUUAGUGUUCAACAGUUGUACAGAAUCAGUACAAUGUACUGGGAUGACAAAUAUGGCACUCACAGUCUUUCACCCGAAGUUAUAUCCAAUAUGAGAGGUAUAAUGACCGAAGAUUCAAACAAUGCUGUCAGCAGUUCUUUUCUGCUAGAUGAUGAUUCGAGCAUACCAUUCUCAGUGGACGAUCUAUCGAAGCCAAUGGAGCAGAUUGAUAUCUCAGAUAUAGAACCGCCACCGCUUAUUCGUGAAAAUUCAGGAUUUAGUUUCUUAUUACCACGUGCAGAUUGAUAGAUUUCAGUUGAUCUUUAGCAGUUCACUGACAACAGUUGAAUAGAAGCCCAUCAGCUGGCAAGCUUGCAGACAAGUUUUUUGGUUUUCCUUCAAUGUUUUUUUGGUUCCCUCUUUUUAGUUGUUUUUUUUUCUGGCAAGCUUAGCGUUGUGUAGUGAUAGAGAGAAGGAAAACAUAGAACUAAAGAGAACUGGGUUGUUUAGACGCACAAUAUAGCAGAAGGUAGAUGAUUGAUCAUUGUAUUGAUUAUCAUGGUAAUUUGAUGUAUACCAAGAACUCCAUAUAUCGUUGUUGACUUCAUGAACAUAUAAUAGCAAGAAACAAAGUCCUUUCAUUUCUACCCAUACAUCAAGUGGACGGUUGAUAACGGGAAUUUAUACUGCGGGAUGGUGUUUUCACGUUGUCCCCAUCCCAAAACGCACACGAGUUCGUAUAUCGUACAACUGGUUGUAUGGUGUAUAGCAUACAAUAGGGCAUUUUUGUAAUUUUAGGUGAAAAUUGUGGCUUCUAUUAAUUGAGCAAUACUUUUUGUAAAUUCGCU